UCCGCGCGUGUCCCCCCCCCACCCCCGGGCUGAGGCGGUGGCAGGACUUGAGGGUGGCGGAAGAAGUUGCGGGGGGGACCCGGCCCGCGGCGCUCGGGCCCGGGGAAAGCUACGCCCUAGGCUGGCUCGCAACCAUCCAAAAGGACGCGUUUUGCCGCACAGGCUAAGAUGGCGGCGGCGGCUGCCGAGGAGGCGGAGUUGCUGCUGCUGCACAAGGAGCCCGGGCCGCGGGGUCCGGGAGGCGGCGGCCGCGGGGGGCCGCGGAACCUUAGGCUUGAUUUAAUUUUGGAUGAGAUUAUUCUUGCAUCAAGAUGUUAAUAAGCCAAAAUUUAGACUAAGUGUGUUAGAUGAUCUUGCCAACAAUAUGGAGGAUUUGAAGAUAAGCCCUGACGUCACUGGUGCUAGAGAAGAACUCCCAGACGGCAGCAGUGGAGUUCACAAACCAAAGGGUUGUCAGACGUCAUUUCAAAGAAACAGUUCAUUGACGCUAUCUGAGGAACUGUCAGAGGACACAUCAGAAAAAGCCUCAACUGGAGGCCAGUCUGCUCUGUUUAUCCCUGCCAGUGCUCCUGCUGUUUCUAGUGAAGACUUUACCUUGCCUACAGGAGCUGUUGUUAAUGCACCAGCCUCACGCUCCUGCUUGACAAAGACUUGCAGUGUGAACGAGAGUAGUGUUUCCUUAGCCACCGGACAGCCCGCGGCUCAGCCAGCAACACAACCUUGUUCAACUUUGAAGGCAGCAGCUGGUCUUGAGCUAGAGUCUACACCACAAAAAGCAAGUCAACACCAAGUCCUGUUUUUGUUAUCAGAUGUAGCACAUACUAAGAACCCAACCCAUUCCAUUAAAAAACUACCUACCUCUGCUUUAGUUGGUUGUGACGUUCAGAACUCAGUAGGGAACAGUGUGAAGGCGGAGAGCACUUUACUAAGCCAAGUGGAGGUGGGUGAGGGCAAGGAGGACGUGCUGGUGACAGACGAUUGUGCCAGUGCGGCAACAGGGGCUUCCUCAGGUACAGAUGAACUUAGGUCAGAAAAUGACACUAACUGGGAUCCCCAGAAAGAAUUCAUUCAGUUCCUUAUGACUAAUGAUGAAACAGUGGAGAAACCUCCAGUUCAUUCUAAGGUAGUAGGUCUGGAAAAGAAGAGAAAGCGGAAAAUGGACGUAAGCAAAAUAACUCGUUAUACAGAGGGCUGUUUUAGUGAGUGUAACCGUGUCCCCAAUAAAUCAAAAAUGGUAGAAGUUGACUUUCUAGGGCAAACUGAGGAGGUGCGAGCAAUAGAGUCACAGAAAUACACAUUAUCAAAAGUAAAGCCUGAGUCAGCCGAUGAAGACUUGGAGUCUGUGAACACGUUUCAGCGUCUAGUUUAUAACUCGGAUAAAUGUGGAGAAGAUCGCUCCCCUGUUCACACUCGCACUGUUGUUCCAAACCCCUUAAAGAAGAAAUGUGAAGAGAGUGACCCCGAGUCGCCCGCUGCCUUCAGUCCUGAAGAGCCGGCGUUCUACCCCUGUACAAAGUGCAACGUGAAUUUCAGGGAGAAAAAGCAUCUCCACAGGCACAUGAUGUACCACCUGGACGGCAGUAGUCACUUCCGCCACCUUGACGUCCCGAGGCCGUACGCUUGCAGAGAGUGUGGACGGACGUUUCGAGAUCGCAACUCGCUGCUAAAGCACAUGAUCAUUCACCAGGAGAGGAGGCAGAAGCUGAUGGAGGAAAUCCGUGAGCUGAAAGAGCUGCAGGAUGAAGGGAGAAGUGCGCGGCUGCAGUGCCCUCAGUGUGUGUUCGGUACCAACUGUCCUAAGACGUUUGUGCAACACGCCAAAACCCACGAGAAAGACAAAAGGUACUACUGCUGUGAAGAGUGUAACUUCAUGGCAGUAACAGAGAAUGAACUGGAAUGCCACCGAGGCAUCGCCCACGGAGCCACAGUGAAGUGCUCUGCCAUCAGUUCAGACGCAUCUCAGAGAAAAACUCAAAAAAAGGCUUUGACAAAAGACUCUGUUAUAGGAUCAUCCAAAAAACCAGCCGCAUACCUCUGUAAGCUGUGUCCCUUCACUGCUUCAGCCAGAAGUGUUUUAAAGAAGCACACGGAGUAUUUGCAUUCCCCACCGUGUGCUGACUCGUUUGCUAAUCCUCUUGGACUUGACAAGAGGGAAAGCGACACCCUGGAGGAGCCUGUGGAUAGCGACAGCACUAAACCAUUAGUUAAGCCACAGCCAGCCACAUUUCCAAAGAACUCUGCUUUAAAACAAGACAUCAAGCGAACAUUUGGAUCAGGCUCACAAUCAAGUAAUUUUUCAAAAUUUCAUAAGCGACCACAUAGGAUACAAAAAGCUCGGAAAAGUGUUGCCCAGUCCGGUGUAAAUGCGUGCAGUCCAGAUGGCUUGGCUCAUAAGAAUGCCAUGGUCAAAAGCAGCACUGACCAAAAACCAAAGUAUUUCCAUCAGGCAGCAAAAGAAAAAUCUAAUGCCAAGGCAAAUAGCAGUUACUUAUAUAGACACAAGCAUGAAAACUACAGGAUGAUCAGAAAAUCAGGUGACUCAUACCCACUUCCUUUCAAAAAAGAGGCGAAUUCAUUAAAUUCCUCGCAUCUAUUUUCAUCAUUAAGUAAUUCUCAUAAUAAUUUUAUUUCAGACCCUCAUAACCCAGACACCAAAAGGCCAGACACCGUGAAAGACCACAAGCGUGUAGCUGUAAAGAGAGUGGUUAAGGCCUCAAAGAAGGAAAGCUCUGGUGGGGAAGACUUGGACGGCUAUCCCGACUUCCUGCAUAAAAUGACUGUUGUUGUUUUGCAGAAGCUUAAUUCUGCUGAUAAGAAAGACAGUUAUGAAACGGAAGAUGACAGUUCCUGGGAUAACGUUGAACUCAGUGAUUACACUACACAGGCCAUGGAAGACGAAACCUACAGUGAUCUUAGUCAGGAACGUGUCAGCUUACUGCCCCUGUUUAAAAGCAAGAUGGAAAGUCAAGCUCCUGGAGACAGUGCUACCCUUCACUAUGAUCAAAACGACGGCUUUUAUUUCGAGUACUAUGAAGAUGGCGGCACCCACAGCUUUCUGCGUGAGCUGCAUGGCCCUCAGCACUUGGAAAACACGGACGCACCGUUGUCAGAGCACAGCUCUGUUUUCCACUGGACUGAUCUGUCUCUGGAGAAGAAGUCGUGCCCUUAUUGCCCAGCAGCCUUUGAAACAGGUGUCGGGCUGUCCAACCACGUCCGCGGACAUCUUCACAGAGCAGGGCUAAGCUAUGAAGCGCGGCACGUUGUGUCACCAGAACAAAUAGCCACAAGCGACAAAAUGCAGCAUUUCAAAAGAGCUGGCACAGGCACGCCUGUGAAGCGGGUUAGAAAAGCUAUAGAGAAGUCUGAGACUACUUCCGAACACACUUGUCAGCUCUGUGGUGGUUGGUUUGACACAAAGAUUGGGUUAUCAAAUCAUGUGAGAGGCCAUCUGAAAAGACUUGGGAAAACCAAGUGGGACGCUCACAAGUCCCCCAUCUGUGUGCUCAGUGAGAUGAUGCAAAACCAGGACAAGUGCGAGAGAAUCCUAAAGGCCCUGAGCAGUCGCCGCACGGUUCCCCGACCGUUUGUAGCUCAGAAACUCUCAGCAGGUGACGACUUCCUGUCUCAGAAUGUUUUACCUCUUGAUGAAUACCAUAAUGGUCUAAAGACAGAGGCUCUCUCAGUGUCAGCAUCAGAGGAAGAAGGGCUGAGCUUCUUAAGUGAAUGUGAUGAGACAAAACUUGAACUGCCCAGUGGGAAAAAGAGCCAGUCUCUUACACUCAUAGAACUUCUUAAAAAUAAAAGGAUGGGAGAAGAAAGGAGCCCUGCUAUUUCUCCUCAGAAGAUCCAUAACCAGACAGCAAGAAAGAGGUUUGUUCAGAAAUGUGUUCUUCCAUUAAAUGAAGACAGUCCAUUGAUGUAUCAGCCACAAAAAAUGGACUUGGCUAUGCACUCAGGUAUGCCUGUGAAGCUUAGGACAUGUGUGCACUGCAAUACGGCGUUGACAAGUGCUGUUAGCCUGUCCAACCACUUCCGCGCUUGUGCACGAAAGAAGAGUGCUGGACUUUGGACUGGUGCAGCCUUAGAUUGUAAGCAAAAGAAAUCAAGGUCAAGAUCUGGAAGCAAGAAGAAGAUGCUAACGUUACCUCACGGUGCUGACGAGGUUUACAUCCUUCGAUGCAGGUUUUGUGGCCUAGUCUUUAGGGGACCACUAUCUGUUCAGGAAGACUGGAUUAAGCACUUACAGCGACACAUUGUAAACGCUAAUCUUCCACGGACUGGAGCUGGCAUGGUGGAAGUCUCAUCACUACUUAAAAAGCCUGCCUCUAUUACAGAAACUUCAUUUUCCUUACUAAUGGCAGAAGCAGCAUCAUAGAACAAGGAAUCCUUUUAAAUAGCAAAUUUAAUUGGGUGUAAAUUUAAAAACUUUUUUUUGUAAGCCACAUGAAAGUAUCCAUUUAUAAAUACUAAAGUAGGAAAACCGGAGGAGCAUGAAUCGUGACAGGAGAGCAGGCUAGCCCUUCAGACAGGAGCCGUGACAGGAGAGCAGGCUAGCCCUUCAGACGACAGCGAGCAGCCUCUCUAUUUCAUAUAGGGUGGGAAUGUGUCCUUAGGGGGCAC